GAUUACAGCGCGCAGCUGCAGGUCCAAGUCGCGGACAUUGAAAACUCCAAGCUGGGCGUUCUGGAAGAUCAGCCCGUUAGAGUCAAUGGUAUCGUCACAGUGGGCUAUGAGCCAGAGAGCUCCACUCCAGAAGUUCCACUGCUAGAAGCCAGGGAAGGUCAAGAAAUAGAGAUCUUAGUCCGCGAAAUGGGAGGCUGGGCAUACUGCCGGCGCAUAGGUGACAAGACGCCUGGCUGGUUGCCAGCAGACCGUAUCGCAGAGCUUGCUCAACUCAUCGCAGAUCAUGAAGUGGGCGACGCAGAAGGACUUCUAAAUCUCAGGCUUGGCGACGUUGUUGAGGUCGUCAGCCGGCAUUAUAGCGGUUGGGCGCAGUGCCGCCUCUGGACAGGCCCACAGCUUCCAGGAUCGGUCAACGACAGGCAAAUCGGUUGGGUGACCGAUGCUUACCUGCAAGACAAUCGUUCCGAAGCAAUGCUUGCGUCCAAGUGGCACAGGCUUGUGCUGCAAGCGUUGGAGGAGGUGGUUGCCUAUGCAGUGCAACUGGAGACCUACCUGGCACAGGCUAAGCCAGAAGAUCGCAGUGCAGAUCCUGAGUGGAUGGAGAAGUGCAUGCAGUUCUGUUUGUAUUUAGGGACUGAGCUGCAACAGAUCACCGAUGCGCUGUCGCAGCACGGCCUCUCGCAGAAUGCCGCGGGAAAGUAUGCCACGGCCACCUGCGAGGUCGUUGGCAAUAGUGAGCACGAGCUCAGUGUGGCUCAGGGUAGCCGCGUGCUGGUAGUAGAUGCUGCCGCAGCCCUGUUUUCGCCAGUUUGCUCAGUGGAUGGGCUUUCCGAAGGUUGGGUUCCACGAAAUUUCCUGGAAAUGGAGCCUGGCGAGACUGCAGACAGCGUCUCGAAGGACCUUCCAGAAUGGAUACAGGUUAACGAACGUGCCAGGUGGUGGUCGAACUCGCAGAAGCAGUUCUGCGACGUGACCAUCACUAACGUAGACGAAUCCGCCAGACAAGUCACCGUCACCUUUGUCCAGGAUGCCAGCUGUUGGAAGAUGGUACCUUUCGAGCACUUCCUCCAGAAGCAGGAUGACUGGCUGCUCCAGCCGUUCCAGCAAAAGGCCAAGGAACUAAUCCAGCAGUUGCCUGAUUGGGUACAGCCUGGCCACAAGGCCUACUGGUGGUCGACCAGCCAGCACCGCGUUCUGCCGGUUCAGAUCAAAGAUGUCUGUUCCAGGCCUACUCCAGAAGGAGAGGUCAGGACACACCUGGAGGAAGCCCCGGCGAAAGUCAAGAGUGCCACGAAAGGAUUGGGAGACAUCAUGGCAGAAAUGACCCAGGACAUCGGCGACAUGAUGGCUGACGGCGAAGCUGAGGAGCUUUUCAUAUUUUCCGGCCUCUGCCCUGUUGACAUCACAUCCAAAGAUGAUUCGACUGACCGGGUGCCUGCCUUCGGCUACGGUGGCGAUGAUGAGCUUGCGGCAACAACGGUUGGGGAGGACAUCAUUUCGGACAAGUGUCAAGUGCUCACGGAAGUUGGCGUUGUCUUGGAAGACAGUGGGGAAAAGCCGCCUGCAAUACCUAGUGGAGUUGUCCAGGCGGGCAGCGAGGUCAGCGAUGCCAUCGCGGCGGAAGAUGUACAGCAGGCAGAGCUUCAGCACACGGGCCCUGCUGCCAAAGGAAAGCAAGCUGCCGUGCUGAUGGGGUUUUCUCAGUCAGAGGAGAACAUGAUGGAGAUCUUGGAGGCCACAGUUGAAGACUCGAAAGGUGUUACUGAGGUAGGCGAGGUAGGCAACUCUGUCCCAGCAGAAGCAUCAGUCUUGUACGACACCUUGGACAAGGAGCUGCUCGCUGAACUAGCACCACCUUCUUCUGAUGAGCCCUCUGCAGCAGAAGGGGCUGAGACUGAGGAUCGCCGUGCGGCUGCAGCCUCCAUAGGAGAAACCAGCCUCACGCUGGAUGCAGAGGCUUUGCUCCUGCAGAGCCAAGGGCUUGCUGACGAAAAGGUUUCAGCUCUAGCUACUCCGGAGACGGAGGUUGCAGGAACAACGGGAGCCACAGGCGGCUUGCUCGCACAGACAGAUGCAGAUGGCGUAGCGUUCGACGUCGCCAACUGUUGCCAGGUCCAGAUGAUCAAGCGAACCAAGCUGGUUCUGGUGAAGGGCUGGGAGCGCAGGGAGCGCCUGAGAGUUCUUCUGGCAAGACUUUGGCGGCUAAGCUGCACAAGAGAAGAGGUUCUCAUAAACCGUCACGGAGUCUAG